GAGUCGGUGGGAAGCCUGGCCCGUGUGUACGGGGCAUUCAGGGCCUUCAACCCUGCCUGGGCCGAGACCCAGCUCCUCCUGGUGGGCCCCGGCCUCCCCCAGCAGCCAGCGCUCGCCCAGGCCUUUCCCACAGCGGAGGUGCAGCUCUCUGUCUUCCACCUCUGCAAGCACCUGCAGCAGCAGAUCCAGCAGCUGGCCUUGGAGGGCCGCACCGAGCGACUGAUCCUGGCCGCCCUGAGCGACACCAUGUCCGCAGCUACCAAGAGCAGCCGCAGGAAGAUGCACGCCCUUCUGAGGGACCUCGUGAUGCCAGACUUGCCUCAGCUCCAUAUUCACUGGCUGCUCAAUGAUGAGGUCUGGGCCGCACACAGGGAGAGGAGUUGGGGGCAGAGCAGUGACUACUUUAGGGACCUGGAGUUGGUCACCCAGGGGUUAAGCCAGGUUUUCAGUGCUGGGCUCUCUCUGGAGAGCUGCAUCACCUCCUUAGCCCAGCACUACCAAAAGUGUGUUUCUAAGAGCCCUCCUGAUGCCUUGAUGCACUCUGCUCCCCAUCCUGAUCACCAUGCUGCUCGGGGAGCUUCCCAAAGCCUGCCUGCCUCGGGUCUGCCUCUCACCUCUCUGGCGUGCCAGGGUAAGCCAUCUCAGAACUCUGUCCAGGCCUCCCCCACCACAGCAGCAGCGCAGCAGCCAAGUCCACCAGAAGCUCCUCUGCUCCCCACAGCUCUUCAGCCAGAAGCCCCCCAGGCUUUCCUCCUCCAGAGUGAGCCUGUCAGCCCUCAGUCCUUGUUACAUCCUUCAUCUCCUGUGGCUAAACUGGAGGCCAUGGAAAACCUGGAGGGUGACAGUGAAGAGGAGAUUAACCGAGGGACUGAAGAAUGCAUCAAGCAGUCUUUGAAUGCUAUUUGCACGGAUCCUGCUGCCCGGCUGUGCCUGAGCGAGUUUGCGGUGGUUCAGAAGUCUGUGCAGCUGAUAGGCACUGAGGAGGAUGCUCUCAGCAUCCAGGUCCUGGAGGAUGCCCACAGGGUGGACCUGAAAGGCCUGAGCAGCUGCACUUGCCACUUCAACCAGGUCUUCCAGCUGCCCUGCCGGCACAUCUUGGCUGUGCUGAAUUCAGAUAGGAAGACCUUGCAGCCGGAGAUGCUCAGCAGACAGUGGCAGAAGGGAUGUGAUGCCUGUCAGGCUGGGCAAGAUAGUGCUGAUGGCCUCUUGGAGGUCCUGAAGAGCUCCUGGAAUGAGUCUUUGGAUAAAUCCCUGGUGGUGUCCUUUCUCACGGCGGAGAUCAGCCGGCUUCUCACCCACUGCAGCGGGGAGGAGUUUGAGCACAGGUACAGGACCCUCCGGGAGCUGGCUGACAGCUGGAUUGGGCCCUACGUCAAGGUGAAGCUGUAG